AUGGCAUCUCCAUUCCGUUUGGAUGGCAAGGUAGCCCUCGUCACUGGUGCCGGCCGUGGAAUUGGAGCAUCCAUCGCCAUCGAGCUGGCUCGCGCCGGAGCGAAGGUGAUUGUCAACUACGCCAGCUCGAGCGGACCAGCCGAGAAGGUCGUAGCUGAGAUCAAAAGCCUUGGAUCAGAUGCCGUCGCGAUUCAGGCAAACGUGAGGGACGUAAGAGAAACGAUCCGGCUGUUUGAGACGGCAAAGGCAGAGUACGGCCGGAUUGACAUUGUCGUUUCCAAUGCCGGAGUUGUCUCGUUUGGGCAUUUGGGAGAGGUCACAGAGGAGGAAUUCGAUCGCGUCUUCAGCCUCAACACGCGCGGCCAGUUCUUCGUUGCCCGUGAAGCGUACAAGCACCUCAGCCGGGGUGGACGCAUCAUCCUCACGAGCUCGAAUACGGCCGAAGGAUUCGUGGUACCCAAACACUCACUUUACUCUGCAUCUAAAGGUGCGAUCGAAUCCUUUGUGCCCUGUCUGGCGCUUGACUGCGGUAAGAAGAGGAUUACGGUAAACGCUAUUGCACCCGGCGGUAUCGUGACGGACAUGUUUCACGCCACCGCAAAGGACUACCUCCCACACAGUCAGGACAUGUCUGAAGAACAGAUCAUGAAAGUCGUCGCAUCAGUCUCGCCCCUUAACCGAGUUGGUCUUCCCAUCGAUGUUGCACGUUGUGCCGUGUUUCUCGCAAGCAGCGAGGGAGAAUGGAUCAACGGCAAAAUCUUGCGACCGGAUGGCGGUGCUGGAAGCUUCCCUAGCGGUGAGAACUGA